UCACACUCACACACACACACACACACACGCGCUCUCCAACGCUCGUUCACGCCUGCCCUCAGACACGCCGCGACACUUGCCUCGACACCUGCUCAGCGGGCAUGCGUCUCAAACAUUGCACUCAAGAAAAAAAGAAAAGCCACACUUUGCCUCUCUCUGUCUCUCACUCCUCUGGACUGAUUGAUGCCUGAUUCUGUGUAAGGCUGCCGACCGGGAGCGAGAAUAAAAAAGGAGACGCUCCGACUCCCCAACCCCGACCCCGUCCCCAGAAAAGCAGCAGAUGUGACUGAAGAGGAGAGGCGGAGAGAAAGAAACUCAAUCUCCCCCCCCCCCCAUCUGGGAGAACAAUACCCAGCCUCCAGUUGGAGAGGGUCAGCUUUUGUCCCUCUCCCCACGCUCCCGCCGGAGAGCGGACAGACGCGCUGACACAUUGACCCGAUGCUGUGAGAGGAGAGGACGGUCGCAACGCAUUGCACGGUUUUGAUUCAGUACUUGGACAGCUCCUGAGCGACAACGAGUGUGUGUGUUUUCUCCAUGAGCGUGUAGACUCUUUUAUUGUUUUUCGGGGGUUUUUUUGGAGACCAAGAACCACAGAUGGAGCCCCAGUGCUCGCUCCAGCCGGUCCCCUGUGGCCCCCCACCACCAUCCCUGGGAUUGCUGCGCAUCACCGGUGGCUUCCAGCGGCUGAAGGAGAAGCAGCUCUUUGAGAAGUUUUGGAAGGGGACUUUCAAGGCUGUGGCCACCCCGAGACCAGAGAGCGUCAUCGUGGCAAGCAUCACCGCCCACAGGAGAGUGACCAACUUCCAGACAACAGCCUGCCAGCCGCUGAAGACCGAUGAGAGGAAAGCGGCGGACACCAGGCUGGACACGGCGGACAGGAACGGCUGCAUUAAAGGAAAAGGACGCAAACACCACAGUCACCGCAGGGCCAGGAGCCCCUCCUCUGAUGAGGAACUCUCCCCUCGGCCCAAGGGGAAGAAGAAGAAGAAGAAGAGAAAGUCUGAACGGAAGAGGAAAAGGAAAAGGUCUCCUUCCUACAGCCUGUCGCCACUGCGGAAGAAGAAAAAGAAGAAGAAGAAAAGCUCCAAGAAAAGCAAGCGGCAUAGGUAUACCUCCAAAAAGUCAAAACACAGCUCUUCAAGUUUCAAACACAAGAGGAAAUAUGAGCGCAAGCACAAAAAAAGUUCUCGGACUCACUCUCGGCGGAGGCGACGCUAUCGGAGGUCAGAGUCGGACAGUUCAUCUUACCAAUCUCCUGCAGAGGACAGACACCAUCUGCAUAAAUCUGUGAGGCAUCAGGCAUUCGGAGGCCUGGCAGCUGUAGUAGAAGAAUCCAACGGAGUGCUUGAACACAGGGACAUGAAAUGGAGACCUGCAACCAAAUCAGUGUGUAAAACGGCUCCAAAAUAUCGCUCCGUCCUCUCAACCGCUACCAUUAUAUCGUCAGAACCUGGAAGAGAGAUUUUACACGGAAAAGGGUCUCAGCAUUUAUCCGGCCAGGCCGAAGUUCCGCACGAUUACGAUUCGGGGAAUGACACAUCUUCGCCGCCGUCAAGCAAAACUGGUGUUUUUCAGGCGAGUGUCACUGACAACAAGAGGAACCUCUGUAAACGCCUGGCCUCGCCAGAGAAGCUGAAGUUCACUGACAGAGGCAAUGCCUCUGAUUCAGGAAACUCUGUGACCAGCUACGCUUCCAUGUGCAAACCUUACGUGGAGGACGGCUUGUCUGCAACCCUUUUCAGUGGAAACGGCAAGAGUGGGCAGAUAACCUUGGGGUGUCGUGUGGAGGUUGUGAGAUCUCCAAAGACUUCCAGCUGUUCCCAGAGGAUGAGAAAGUCGUCUGGAAGGCGACUGAAAACGCGGUCAUCCAGCAGCAGGAGCAGGAGCAGAUCCCCGGGGAGCUCCAGAUACUCUAGCCGCUACUCUCGAAGCCUGUCGUCCUGCAGCUCAUACUCACGCUCACCGAGUUAUUCAGCUGAUCCGAGACGACGAGGCAGCGUGGCCAGCCUGAGCUCCAGAGGAAGCUACUCCAGACACAGCGCUGACAGACUACGAGACAGAAAGAGAACACAUAGCUCCAGAGGGACAGAUGUGAAGCAUGCACAUAAGGUUAGUGGGAAGAGACAAAGACGAAAAUCCUACUCGCCUAUGAAGAAACGGAGGAGAGACUCACCAAGCCAUCUGGAAGCACGGCGAAUCACAAGUGCCAGGAAGCGACCCAUCCCUUACUUCCGACCGAGCCCUUCCUCCAGCAGCCGCUCCACCAGCGUGUCGUCCUGGAGCAGCCUCUUCACCCGCAGCCGCAGCCCGCUCCACGGCAUCAGCCGCAGCCGAAGCCGAAGCCACAGUUACUCCUCUUACCGGAGCUACAGCCGCAGCUCAUCCUGGAACUCCAUCUUUGGGACCCGCAGUCGCAGCCGGAGUCGCGGUCCGCUGCACAAACGCCACAAAACCAGGCAUUAGGGUUUCCAGGAGCGCGUUAAGGGACGGAGGUCUCGCGGCCGUGUUUCAGCGGUGGAUGUCGGAGCAGCCGGACUGUGUGCGUCUCCGUGCUCCGCUUUUGAGUGGAAAUGUCCCCCGCAGGGAUUCGACCACGUCUUUCAUUGAGGCGAGUCUUGUUGUCUCUGCCCACAGAGACCACUGGAGACUGAGUGUCUUUCUAUUUGUUUGUUUUGUUCUUGUACUGCAUCCUCUUGCAUCAGCACUCAAAAUGGCCUGAGACUGUUCAUCUCUUAGAUAUUUGCAAUAGAAACUGCACAUGAAACAGAAACAGUGUUCCUGUGUUUGGUCAGCUCAUAUCGCUGCUGCUUACUUUAAGUCCAUUCACUUCCCAUUAAGUUAUUCUCUUAAAUUAAUGCUUGAUAUUUAUUUUAAAAUUGAUAGUUCAUUGAAAUAAUGCAUAGUAAGGCCUGAAGGUACCAAGGUUGAAAUGACAUAAUUUGUGAGGGCAAUAGACAGUAUGUGUCGGCUAAAGCAAGAGCAGAUGCACCAGUUUCACAAGACAUCAGACGUUGACUGCAUGUCAGGUCUGUUUGUUGUGGACUUUGCGCCGAGUAAGCAUCGAGGUAACAUUCGAGCCGUUGGAUCCGAGUGUUUACAAAUGGCUUCGGAGGGAUCGUUGUCAGGAAUAAAGAAAAGGUUUAUUGCUCUGAUCUCUGCGCUUCACGAGGUGCAGAACAAACCUGUUCCCUCUGAAAAAUGAAACGGCGAGGGCGGCCUGACGGCGAGCAAACCGGCUGUCAGCACAAAUGUCAAGUUAAUUUAUCUUCUGAUCAAGUGGGAAACAAUUGAAAUGUCAGUCCAUGUAAUACAACAGAGAGCGAUCGAAAAUCUUCCCGGUGUCAGAGGAGGUAUUUUGCUUGACAACUCGUAAUGAAUCUGUUUCGGGGAACAAAAAGGAUACUUUGAAACGUUUUUUUAAUUGUGCAGCACCAUCCAUAUUUAUUGUUUAUUUAAUAUUUAUUGGUUUGUUGUCCCUCUCAGUGGUGGUCAAUCUUUCUAUGCAACGCUGUCAAUUUAAAGUUAUUAUGACACUGCUGUAUUUUGUGUUUGGUUUGUUGUCAGAUGUUCUUGGGGUUUUGCCACAUUACUCACACGUAAACCUCAAAGUAGAGGCAGAUGUUCAAAUGCAAAAAGGUCUGACCUUUUGUUUUUGGGUGCUUGUUUUUUAAAGCAAAGGUUUGACAUUUGAAUAUGUUAAUUCGCUGUCUUGCCAAGAGAGUCAGAUGAGACGAUUGAUGCCACUCUGAUAUAUGUCUGUUAAAUAGGAAGCUACAGACAGCAGCUAGGUUAGCUUAGCAUAAAGACUGGAAACAAGCUUGCUUGGCUUUGUUAAAAGGUUAAUCUGCCAGCACCUCUAAAGCUCACUAAUUAGAAAAUAUCGUAUGUGUUUAAUCCGCACAAAACUGUGAGGAACUUUUAAAUGGUUAUGAAACAGUCUCAAUGUAUUACUGAUGCUUCUAUAUGACCUUCAUCAGUAAACGAGAGCAUCAGCGAGAAGAUUUAUUCAACUAUUUCUAUAUAAUUAUUCCUGCGGGGGGCCUCCAGCAGAGACCAGCUCACCGCAGUCAGACCCAGAUCCGGCUUCGCUGCUGCCUUCGACCUGCAGUC